AAUCGAAUUUCAACCUUCGACGUUGAAACGACGUUGAAACGAUAAGUUGAAUAGUCGGUGAUAUUUUAUACGCUUUCGACGUCGAAUCGACCAGAAUUACGACGUUGAUUCGACAUUCGGUUUUCGACAUUGAUUCAACGUCGAAUCAACUAAUCAUUUCUGACUGGGACGGGGUCUCGCUGCGCGUAUACUUUUGGCGCGAGACAUUACCGUCUCUUGAUCAACUGAAAACCAUUCAGUUCGAUUUCAGCGCGACGGUUGCAAGUCGCAUGCCUUGCCCGGAAUAUUAUUCCGUUAUCGACGAAAGAACGCUGAACAAACUACAAACAACCUCGCGCACGCUCCAAACAAACGUGAACAAUGAGGAUCCCGCACACGAUACCGCAGAAUGUUAUAGCAGCUUACAGGUGCUCGCCAGAGACCUCGCUGUUACCGCAAGAGCAAAGACGAGCGCUGCGAGCGGAAGACGCCUCGUGGGACGACGGCGUAAUCCCCGAUUUAAAGAUUCUCGCGCUUCGUACCAUAGUCUCGGCCUGGAAGGAUAAUCCUGUUCUGGAGGAUCUGCCGACGUGCACCGACAGGGACGUGUUGCUGGAAACACUGCCGACUAAUCUACCCUUCGAGUUGACGAUACCGAGAAUCGAGGAUGAGUUUUAUUGGGAACGCUCGGCCAAGGACAGAGAGCAGACGACGCGAGCUAACGCGGAGGACGAGUCAACCCCAGAGGAAAACGUCGCGCAUCACAUUCCUAUGGCAGUUAUACUCCCGCGAUUUCCAUAUCUCACCGAGAUUUAUCUCAACUUCGGUAUGAUUUACAUGAACGACGGUUUCGAAUGGCGAGACUUCGAGUUCUCGCUGGAGGAUUGCUUAAGUCUGGGGGAAGGAAUUAAAGCCAGCCCAAAAUUGAAGAAAUUCAGUUUGACCCGAAGCAACUUGGAUCAGCCCCGAGUCGCAGCCAUUCUCCAAGGGAUGGUGUCGAACAAUAACAUCGAGGAGUUGGAUCUGUCGCAUUGCAAAUUGAUGGAUACUGGUGUGCACGCGGUGGGUGAAUUUCUGUCAAUGCAUCAGAAACUGAGGACUUUGCACUUGGCGAACAACAAUAUAGGACCGAUCGGAGUUGCUGGUAUCGUUCACGGAUUAAUGAAAGCAAACACGACGGCUCUGAAAGAUUUGGAUCUACGACUGAAUCCUAUACAAAAUGAGGGAGCUAAUCACAUAUGCGCUCUCCUGGUGAGAAACAAAACUUUGGAAACAUUGAAUAUCAGCGGCUGCGAAUUAGGUCCGGAAGACGGUAUAGCGCUGGCCGGAGUGCUCUCUUCCGGUUGUGUGGAACUCGAAGUCUUCUCUCUCGACGUAUCAAACAAUAAUUUUGGAUUUACCGCUGAAGAGUCAUUCGAGGCGGCCGUGAGCUCAUGCCCGUAUAUUAUCCACUUGGAUAGUCGAAUGUGCAAUUUUUCGAAAGAAUCGGAGUGCUCGAUCACCGAGAACGCGCACAGGAAUAAACAAAACGUGAAAAAGAGAGAGGAGAGGGACAAGGCAGCGCUUUCCCAAAGCAGUAAUGUCUAUAAUUCACCCAGCGCCAAGAAUCUGUAACAACAUGCAGUCGGAAGUUGGGUCGUCAUUCCCAGAGCUAAAAAGGAUAUUGUGCAACGUUUCACUGGCAGACAAAUCGAUGCCGGUAAGAGUUACUGCACUAUUUUCUUUAUUGCGUUAUUGCUUCAUCUUAGUCCAUGCAUGAAAUAUGCAGCGUUAUACAACAUACAAGUAUCAUCAACUGACUUUUUAUCGUAUUGACUCGAGGAUUGAUUAUGCACACCACAUAUUUUUGUAAGCGCAGGUUACACACCAA